AUGACCGCUACUCCUCACAAUGUUGAUCCAACAACAACCAAUGAUGAAGAAAUAACGCAACUUAUGAUGAUGAUUCAAAACACUAAUCUUCGUCUUGUUCCCACACUUGAUCAAUACCCGGAGGAGUUAAGGAUGUUGAUUCAAACAUUAAACAACUCUAAUCUAUCAUAUGCUCUGUCUUCAUCAUUUGCAAUUCCGAUGGAAUGGCUUUCUCUUUCUACUUCAACCACAGUGUUCAACAAAACUAACAAGGUGGUUACGUUCCAACUAUCGAAUUCAAAAACAAAGAAGCUCACUCAGAAGCAGCUUGCCUAA